UCGAUUUUCGAAUAACUACAAACAGUCAUUGGCCCCAUACGCUCGAAGCACUCAGCAACCAAGUCUACAACUUAAAGGCUUUCCUGAGCAACAACUCUUGCACUCUGUUGAUAUGGAGCUGUUUUUGUUGAUCGGUGGAAUGGGAGAAGGCGAUCUAUCCAAGCCUCCAUUCCAACCUCAGUCAUCCGAAUACACCGUGAUAGUACCGAAUUGCACGAGUCACAGCUGGGCUCACAAAUCUAUAAAGACUCCUUACGAAUGGAGUGCCAACCGCAGUUUUGCAGGGCUGCUGAGAAACAAACAAGUUCACGUGUAGCCUGCAGGCUGUGCUUUCAACAUCAUUCCAAGUUCUUUCAAGGUCCUCGUUCAACGACACCACUGUCUUUUGGCGUAACAGUUAAGCGGAAGACAGUCUUGACUCAGUUUCAGCAUCACAUCGGAUUGUACAGCAGGCAGUGCAUCAAUUUGCUUUGUGAAUGGUGUCAUCUGAAGUCAAGGCAAUGGCUGGCGCGGCCCGCCCGCUUGUGUUCAAGAACUUUACAAAUCCUUCAUUACAUUCAGGAGAUGCAACCGACUGACAGUGGAAGGACUCUUUCUACCCUCAUCGUCGUCGGCAAGGUUUACAGAGGCUCUUCUGAACUCGUAAUUUAUAGGUUCUAUUUUCUUCGAUCUAUAUCGACACGUAUCUACCUCUUUCUUGUCGAUUUCACUGGGCUUCAAGCUUCAACGUCAACCAUGAUAUCACGAAAGCAAAAACAGGGCUCACAGACUUGUGACAUUCUGACCCUCGGGCUGCCGACCUCGAUUUUCAAUCGACUACUAUUGACAGAUCUUGCCUCCAUUGAACUAAGGCGCGCAGAUGACCUUCGCAGCAAUUGAGAGUAUCGUUGCAUCCUUCAUCCAGGUUCGAACAUGCACUGACAAACAUAGAUGCUGUCAAAGCAACCACAAUGGCGAGGAGGGAAACGCGCAUUUUCUAUGCGAGGUGAUAUGGAAUCUUCUGAGAAUCGUUGAAUCGUUAUU